AUGCACGUGGCGCUGGACCAACUCGAGUCGCUCUGGCCCCCGUACCGAGGUGCGGUUCUUCUCGGUGCUGCUCGAGAGUCGCAGAGACGCGCGUGCAACACAGGCGUCGCCGUUUCCGCGGGCCAUGUUGCUCUCUCCCUGGACGUGUACCCUGCUUCUCCACCUGCUGGUGCUGCAACAAGAGCCGCCGCCGGCAGCACCAACACAGAAGGCAACCGCCACGCAGGAGAUGGUGUGCUAUCAUCCGCGAACACAGAAACAACACCAGCAGGAGCUGAUACCUAUGCGUCGGCGUCAGCUGGCCCCGUUGGUCCUUCUCCACCGCCGUUGCGCCUCACCGUCUUGCUGGACGCCGUGCCAGCUAGCGCCCCCACCCCCGGCACCCAUCAGAUGGCCAGGUUCCUAACCAAGGUUCUCGCACGAAAAGCUCCGCUAGGCGCUGAUGGUGCUGCUGCAGGAUCGGCUAGGAAGGGAGAACGCUUGCUGGGAGAGGACGUGCCGGAGAUGCUUGUUGUAGAGCACCUUGACGAAGUUGUGUGUAGCGAGUUUGUUCGCUGUGACCGCCGCUCGGGACCAUCCGCUACCAAACAUGGCGGCGAUGGGUCAACCAAAAGCAACAGCAAGGGCUGUAACAACGGCCUAGUCUACGCGUGUAUCGAAGCCAGCGGCUUGCUACGCCUGUGGGAGUGGGGGGGAGACGCAAGUGGCCUGUGGAGCUGGAGGUAUCUCAACAGCUGCAACAUAUGCGCCUGCCGGGAGGAUCCGAUCGGCUGCCGCGUGUUGACAGCCGCGAUAGUCCCCGACCCCGUCGACGGCGAGGGCAACCGUAGUAGCAACAGGCGGAACCGGCUGGUGUGGGAACAGGAAGACAGCGGGGAGGGAGCCGGCCUCGGACUGGCCUCCACUCCUUCCACCGACCCGCGCUCGUCCCGCAGAGUGUGGUCUCGCAGGGUGUCCUUUGAUUUGGCGGAGGGAAGCAUUAGUGGCGGUAACCUCGGCUCCGCCCACCAACAGCAGCCGCAGCACGCUGCCGAAGAGGGCACCGGGGCCGGGUUCGGAAGUGGUGACGCCAGCAACAGGACCGUAGGCUCGAGAUCGGAGAUUUCGCUGGCCUUCUCUGCGUGCCUCUUGCCGAAGGGGAUCGACGAGCUGCUCUGCAGCAGGCUGGGAGUGUGGAUGCCGACCGGACCGCGAGUGUACUUGAACCAUUUUCCCACGGGUCGCUUGCAUUGUUUUGUCCUCCCAGGCCUCCGAGACGGUGGAACCGGGAGGAGCGAUGCCUGUGCCAAUGCCCGACAGGGCGGCGGGCUUGACAACCGUCGCGAUGCCCAUCGCGGUGGAGACGCAGACGGGAGCGGCACCUUCACGGAAUCGGAAAGCGGCCCGGGAUUCGGAGAGUCGGCCCUGAGAGAAGGUGGCGGCAGAGGCGCAACAAAUUCUGACGAUGAAGCCACCGCCGAGGACUUUGCGGAGAAGGCCUCCUCGCCUGCUUCUUCUCCGCGAUGCCUGCUUGCCGUGCACGAGCCAACCGGGGACCUCAUGUUGUACGAUCACCACCCCUGCGCUACCGUGCGCGUGCUUUCUCUGCCGCCGGGGUCGGGCGGUCUCAAGCUGCGUGUGCAGUGCACGCUCGAUAUACCGCCGGUCCUGGAGUCCCCACCACAUUCUUUUUCGGUACGCUCGAACGUUGCCGUAUUUUGUGGCGGUGGGGUUUGCUCGAUGUACGACCUUUGCACCGGCUAUUUUCUGGGCACGGCGGACAUCCCGCGUUGUAGUGCCUGUGCGGCAGGGCGCCGUCACAGGUCGAAGACGUGUGGUGCUGUCUCUCCGUCUCCGGCUUUGUCCUGCUCGUGCGGGCGGCGACAGGGGCUAAGUGCGACUGAGCUGCUUGAUAGUCGAUUAGCGGCCUCCACCAGCCCUAGGUUGUGGGCAUCCGAGACACGGGGGCAUUUGACAGGGAUUCUCACAGCUACGCAGGUGCUCCGGCUCAAGCUUCCUAGGAUGGAAGAAUGCCUACGAACUAUAUUUGGGCCUUCGCGAAGAGGUAACUCGCGGCCCCCGCCGGCACCAAGAAUCCUCCGUUACCUUCGCGAGUACAGGCGGCUUGUUGAUGGCUCGGCGAGCAACUCGUGGCCCACGUCGCUGCUGCCGGAGCUCCUCCGGCUGGUCCAACAAGGCAACAGUGCUGACGCCACCCCAACCAGCAGCCAGGCGACGCUGGGGGCACAAAUGAUGGGCCUCAUCGGACACACUCUGGCCGGCGAAGAACGAGGUCGUUCAGACGUAGCGGCAGUGGCAGAGACCGCCGCCGCAAACAACCCUAAAGGAGCUCCAGUCCCUCCGUGGCUGCUUUUGGCCAUGGUGUCUGCGGCGCAGAACCGAGGGCGAGAGAGAGGAUCUCCAUACACAGCGGAGGGUGGUGGUAUACACGGAGUCCCGAGGUCCGGAGGGGGGGAUCCGGCCACGGCCGCUACCGAAGAAGGGCUUAGAAACUCGCUGGAGAGGCGUGUUUCCGAGUCGCUGCGCUCUCUUAGCAGCGUGCGGGCCUUGCUGCAAGACCCCGUCGGCUCCGCCCGGCAGCACGUGGGGGACGGAAGGGUAGGUGCUUUGCGCUCCGCGGCGGAUGACGAAGCGGCGAUCAAGCUCGCGGCCCUGACCGCGGACGUGGAUCCCGCGACCGCUCUCUUCGAGGGGACUCUUCGAGAGUGGCUGGCGAGUCGACGGAGGGGUAAGGGGGAAGGGCUUUCGUUCAAGGGUGGCCCGCGGCCCGCCGAAGGAUCAGUUUUGAGAGGAGAGCAGCGGCCGUCCGGUAUAGAUUUGGGACGGGCGGAAGCGGCGGGUGCCGGAGAAUCGCGUACCGUGCUUGACGGCGCGAUGGCGCUCGCGUUUCGGUGCGAGGCCGCCGAUGACAAGGAGGCGACGGAGAUCCCGUUUCUACGUUCUUUGCUGGAAGGCUUGGGAGGGGCGCAGGACCCCGGCCAAUCACCGGGCGGCCUCGGUGGAGCCGCGGGGGGCGGCAACGGCCCCGCAAGAUAUGGUGGCAACGGUGCGGUAAAAGCCUCGCCGUCUUCGGCCUCUUCGACGUUCCUGUGUCUCCAGCUGGUCGGUGACGACAAGUCGCCGCUGUUCGAGGUUGCCUGCCGAGCGCUCUUCCGCUUGCUCCCGCGGGAGCUCCCGCGCUUCAUCGAGCGGCUGGCCCGCUUUCGUUCCUACGCGGACGAGAUCAAGAGGCGUGGAGCCGGGGAAACCGAAGCCGCGCUGCAAGACAGUGAAGACAACGCCUCCGACUCCGGCGGACGAGUGGGCCGGCCCCCCACACGCGCCAGCAGCGGCGCCGGGACCUCUCGGGAGCGCUCACCGGAACAAGCCGCGCCGGCCCCCGCCUCCCCCGACCCUUCUUACUCAGGCGCUGCCGACGACUCCACUCACCCUGUCACCGCCCCUGCCGACGCCGCUGUAUCUCACCACCAGCCCCCGGGAGAGGAGAGGUCUUAUGGGGCCCCGCCCGUUGCGACGGCCUAUUUCUCCCGCGCCUUGGCCUGCCUCCCCCCCGCCGUCGAGGACGACAGGGGCGACGGUGCCGGGUCCCAGCGGCGUCGCGCGCGCCUGUCCCUACUCCUUGGCGCGCGCAAGUUUACGGAGGCCUGCCGGCUGCUUCGCCACCGCGCGUGGGGGUGUUUCGGCGGCGCCGGCGCCGGCGCCGGUUCCAGCGGUAAGCGGGGCAGUUGGCGCGGCGACCGGGGGGCCGCUGAGGCGUGGGGCGCAAACAUGAGGCUCUUGAAUGAGCUCAACCGGGCGGCAGCGGCGGCAGCGACGAUCGACAAGGCAGACGAUGCCGCAGCGGCAGCGGCGGUGGCGGCGGGAGAAAGCGUCGGCGACAUGACCGUUUCCGUAUCUCGUGCUGCUGCCGCUGAAACGGCGGGCAACGGCAGCGUGGCGUUGCAGUUCCGCCUGGCGUUCGAGGACACGCUCGCCGAGACUAUCCUCGAAGACAGCCCCGAGCGCAUGAAGGAGGUCAUGCUUUGCCGGCCGAGCGGCCUCACCCCCGUGAGGGUGGUGAGGAUGGUGCGCCGAGCGGCGGAAGCGUGGGUGGCGUCGCCCACGGCUGUGGUGGCCGACGGGGGUGUUGGUGGCGGCGGUGACGAUUCGGAAGCGAACCAGUCCCCGCGCUGCGGCUCUACCCAAACUCUCAAGAUGUGCUUGUUGUUGCUCCUGGAGGAUGACACGAGAUUAGCCGUGGGUGGGGUGUAG